AUGGUGCAGCAGUGUCAGGAUAUUUUGAGGGCUUUGAAGAAUAACCUUCAGAUUGCACAGAAUCAGCAAAAGUUGUACGUUGAUCAGCAACGUAUAGAGCGCACAUUUGAGAUUGGAGACAUGGUCUAUCUUAGGCUUCAGCCUUUCAGACAAUCUACUCUCAAGAAGAGUGGAGCGGAGAAACUCAAGCCACGUUUCUAUGGGUCGUUCAAAGUCAUUAGGAGAGUUGGCGUAGUGGUUUACGAGUCGAAGCUACCAACGAGUAGCAAGGUUCACAAUGUCUUCCAUGUGUCUCGCCUCAAGAAGGCACUUGGACACAAUGUUGUGGUCUCUUCAGACUUACCUCCCUUGGAUGAGGAAGGACAGUUGGUGUUGAUUCCAGAGGAGAUCAUUGAUUUCAGAGAACGCUCUAUGAGGACAAUCAAGGAAUAUUUGGUGAAGUGA